AUGGCUUUCGGCUCUUCCAAAUCGAAAUCGAAAUCGUCUUCCUCCCUAGAUCCUCAACAACAGGCUGCACUCGCAGCGGAACUCGUCGCCUCGGAACUCCUCAUGAGACAACUUCUGGGUGGAGGUUCUAUGCAGAGAAAUACUAAAUAUCUCAUGGAGGAGCAAGAGCGAUCUGCUUUUGUCCCUUCCCUUCCCUCUGACAUGCACCACCGAAGUGGAAAGUCAAAGACUUCAGCUCAUUCCUCGCUGGCACUUCCGCCUCUGACUCAUGUUAUCCCUUCAUCAGCGAUGCCGCCUAUGCCAGCAGACGCUAUCUACGAUAAUUAUGACCAUCAUCGUCAAUAUGGUCCUCAUUACCAUGGGCAUCUCCGUUCGGAACCACGUCGUAGGCACCCCAGUGAUUCUUCAUCAUCGUCAUCCAGCUCGUUGACCCCCAGCCCGACCUCGUCUACAUUUGACGCUGAUGAGACCUCAUCCUAUAUGGCAUAUCCCGCUUCCUCUGACCACCAAUAUAUUGCCAAUAUUGGAAUUGGUCACCAGUCGACCGUGAAAGCCACAAAGGGCUUGAGUUUGAAGGAGAGAGCGAAGGCUUUAUUCCAUGGACAUUGA